AGAUCACUAUCAUCGCCCACACUCUCUGCGAUCUUAACUCCCCCCAACACUAAUAUCCCGCCCUUUUUCUCCAUUUCUCUUUCCAAAAUCCGCCCAGGAAAUCAAUCAAUUUCUACUUUCUUUCUUCUCUUUCUCGUUCUCUCUGUGUCUCUGUCUCUAGAUUUUAGCGAAAUGCAAGAACAGGCGACGAGUUCAAUGGCAGCUAGCUCUCUCCCUUCGAGUAGUGAAAGAUCUUCAAGCUCUGCUCUUCAUGUAGAAGUUAAAGAAGCUAUGGAAAGCGAUGAGGAGAUCAGGAGGGUCCCGGAGAUCGGGGGAGAGUCGGCCGGAACGUCGGCUUCGGGUAGGGACACGGGUUCAGUGGCCGGUCCAGACCGGGUUCAAGUGACCGGCGAGGGCCAGAGGAAGAGAGGAAGAAACCCAGCUGAUAAAGAGAGCAAGAGGCUUAAGAGAUUGUUGAGGAAUAGAGUUUCUGCUCAACAAGCAAGGGAGAGGAAGAAGGCGUACUUAAGCGAUUUAGAAACGAGAGUGAAAGAUUUGGAGAAGAAGAACUCAGAACUUGAAGAAAAGCUAUCCACUUUGCAGAAUGAGAAUCAGAUGCUUAGACAUAUAUUGAAGAAUACGACGGCAGGUCGGAGAGGAGGUAAUGGUAGCUCAAACGGUGAUGAUUGUUUGUAAGUGUAAAACUAGAGUGUGGAGAAGGUUAAUUUCAUAAAGAGCGUAAUUAUUUAAUGGAUUUGUAAGAUAUAUAAAUAUAUAUAAUUUUAUUUCUAUUGUUUCAAAAAAGUACACUUUUCGCUUA